CGUUUGUACUUAGAGCCGCCCUCUAUCUGUUGUCUGUAUGUCAAGAAAAGUGCAGCAGACUGGACUGGGAUAUGGUCCACAUUGAAGAAAUGGAAUUGGCUUACAAAGCAUUAGUGACAUUGAAAUUUUUCCUGAGGAAUAUUGGCAAUUUUGUUCUGACUUCUGACCUACUUCGACCACUGUUGCUGCAGAUAUUACAAAAGUUCACAAUAGGAAACAAUGCACAGUCUUCCAAAGGAAACAAGAACCUGUCUUUAGUACUGGACCUUCUUUCACUCAUACAGUUAAAAUUCGGAGAUCUUGAGGAAAUGGGCAGUAUUGAUUUCAAGCUCCUCUACCAUGUGAGUAACGUGGCAGGAAAAUGCAAAACCUUGAGCACAGAACUCCUCCAACCUGCUUUUAAUUUCUUCUACUGCAGUUUGAAACAGACCUCAGGCCACAACAGAAACAGAGUUGUAUCUAUGUUGCUGUCUAAUUCCUGUCUGAUGGAGUUGUUGGAGAAGAUUUUAGAGCUGAGCUGGUCAGAGCAGUGUACUCUUGAACGUCUCCCUGAUGACCUGAUUAGUUCAGUCUGGUUAUUAAUAGGCUGUUUAGUCCAAAGCCAGACCAACUGUAAGUCAGAGGUUCACAGAACGAUCAGUUUGAAAUUGAAUAAGGUCUUUCACUGCAUCAGCUUCAAAAAGGACAGCUUAUUGCUACAAGUAUGUAUUCUUCAGUUUUUGCAGACUGUCCUGAGAGACAAGUUCACAACUCCACUUCUUGCCAUUACCAACCCUAACAUUAGGAACCAUCCACUACAGGAUCAAGAUGUCUUGCUGUAUCCACUCUCUUAUAAACAAGUCUUAUUACUCUUCAUCCAUCUGCAAAACCUUCUGGUUCAGGGAGAUGACCUCCUUGUCUAUGCUGCAACUGGUUGUCUGGAAGCAUUGAUGGAGUACUUGCACAUUAAGGACCAAGCCACACUUUGCCAUGUGGUGUCACAGCCCUGGAGUCGAUUCCUGCUUUUCACAAGGGUGAAUUCCACACAGAACUGCCUUUUCAAUUCUGGAUUUCUCAGACUUUCUGCCCUGUUUUUGAAAUAUCACUGCAAGAAUAUUGUUUUUGAGGCUGAUAUGAAGCAGUUCCUACAGGUGGCAGCAGAGCUAAAAUCAGAAGAAUUGAGCAGUGACACAGUUGAGGCCUUGAUUCUUUUUCUGAAACAGCUUGACCUGCAAAAUGGCAAAGUGGUUAAUAUGGGGCAGAAGGACAUUGAGAUUAUACACACCCUAUUGAAGAAUCUACAGGGUAGAACUUCAUCUCAGCCAGACUCAAAGCAAAUUGUAUUUUUUGGCAGGCUAGCAGUCUGCCUGUCUGACGUGUUCAGCUGCAACAAGAAAUGGGAAAGCUAAACCUGGAUUUCAUUUCAUUUUUGUUCUUGAAAACAAAC